AAUUCGAAAGCUUCAUACAGAUUUAAGCUAUUUAAAGUAAUAAGUGAAAAAAGUAUGAAUACUCGAGGGGGCGUCCUUGCUCGAACGAACUGUCGAAUUAAGCCACUAAAGUCACAUAAAAGCAAACAGGGCACAAACAUGUUUUUCAUUGAUGGUAUUCUUUACUAUGCUGACGCUUCAAUGAAGAAAGUGAUUAAGUACUCAGUUGAUGACCAGGAUAUCCUCGCAACACUCUAUACAAAAAAACGCUCAGCGUUUAUGUUUCCGCUCUUCAAAAGAUCCAAACUACCUUCAGAGUUCGUACUUCAAAGCAGUGUGCUCAUUAGCGACGGGCUGCAGAUCAGGGUUGUGGACCUUGAUAAUAAUGCGGAGCUUGAUGUGUGCUCUUUGGAAGAUAUUGGACUCAAAGGAACUGUUGGGGCUGCCACAACACACAACAGUGGCCGUUUAUUCUUCUCCGUUAUUCAAUCUGAAAACAACCGAGUGAUGGAACAAUGCGGCGGUACAUUUUGUUGCAUGACGACUGCUGGAAGUAUCUUCAAACUAUACGAUGGGAUCUGUCUGUCGGAUGGCAUGUGUUUCAACAAGGAUUAUUCGCGCCUGUUUGCAUUCGACCUGAUGAGGAAGCGUCUAGUCUAUUUCAGCUUGGAUCAAAUUAAUAUUACCUCUCCCAGCACGUUCAUCAACUGGGAGACGAGCCCACUUGUGGAAAAUAGCCAGGUGAGAGGUAUGGCCGUGGACAAAAAUGACCAUUUGUGGGUGUGCUGCUCUGGAGAAGGCAAGGUAAUCGAGGUGGACAUUGAGUCAAAAACCAUCCUCAGAGAUCUUCUCAUGCCAAAAGCAAAGGAGUUAAGUUCUGUUUGCUUCGGUGGAACUGAUUACCGGGAGCUGUUCGUUGCGUCGUCAUACGUCGGACUCACACAAGACGAGCUCACCAGACAAGUGAACGCGGGACAUAUUUUUGCCGUUAAAGGAUACAGUAAUUUACAAGGAAGAAAACCAACACCUAUUUUACUUAAUCUUAAUGGCGGCAAAAGCAAUAAAAGUGCAGGAACCAGUAUGAAAUACAGUUAACGACCAGGAGCAGCAUCGAUCGAAUAGCGCGCGCAGUAUUUGAAAAAUUUCUCUUGUGCACGUCGCCGCGCCGAUUUAUCGAACAGCGUUGUACGAAACACCAGCGGCAGCACCAGCGACGUGGUUAUAAUUCCUACAAUCAGAAGCAUUUCCAAUGAAUAUGACCCAUCGCCCGGAUUAACACUCAGUGGCGGAUAAGUAGAAAUUUAACCUUUACUUUCAGCGUUACUGAAAGCAGUCAGAGUAUUACAUCAAAAGUAAUAAAAAUCAGUCGGAGCAGUUGGGCUAGUAUCACUUUUACAGCAUACAGGUAUAGGCAUAAGAGCAUGACAUAUGGAAAAAAAGGCGAGAUAGAUAGUUUCAAUCCUCCAUUGUAUCUUGUUCAAACAUCGUCCUACAUAUAUUGUAUACCUAUGUGUGGCAUAUGUCACAUUGCAAAGCUUCAACCGCUAACCCGUUGACGAGGCCAUCGUGUGAAUGGCAAAUUUUAUAAUUUGAUAAACGUAAGUGCAGCUUAUAUCUGUGUUAGAAAUUAAAAUACAUUAAUUAUCCAAUUGAAAAUGCAUAAGACAUCCCAAAUAUUAUUUAUUUUCAUAGUAGACGCUGUGUGUAGUGAAUGUAUUGUCUUCCUUUCUUAUCAAAAAGCGGGUUCUAUAGUUUAUCACUGUUGAAGCCUACAAUUUGGUUGCCGUACUAUUUGAAAAUAUGUAAAAGAGCUUCUAAAAUAAGUGAUUAAUCUAUGAAUAUCUACUAAUAGAUAGAAUUCAGAACUCUCUCAACUGUCCCAUUUGACAAUAAAUUUGAAAAUAAAAAAUCUGCACAACGUCUAGGUCUGUAUUGUCAGAAGCAAUGACCACAAGCAUUAUAUUUUACCAUCAGCUGAACGAUUUUUUUUUCUUUUUUGCCAACGAAAACAAACAAUCGAGUGCCAAAUCAAGUCCCGUGCUUA